CUUCAGUGGUAAUAGAUGCCUUUAUCGGUGCUGCUGGAAGUAGAGGUAUUUUUCACUGAGCAUAUUUCUCUGAUCUAAAAUAUCAACGACUUCUGCUUUGAAGAUGGAAGAUGAAAAGAUUACAGUGACAGAGGAGGACUUGUUUGAUUUAUUUGAAAACUUUUCAGACUGGAACAGCUCUUAUGAAGGGGGUGAUAUUUAUGACCUGACUAAGGUUGUGAAUUUUGAAGCUGUGUUCAUACCAGUUCUGUACUCUGUGGUGUUUGUUGUUGGUCUGCUUGGGAAUGGAUUGCUGUUGGGAAUACUGGCUCGGAGUAGGAAGACCUGGAGUGUGACAGAUAUUUUCAUCCUCCACCUGGGAGUGGCAGAUAUCCUGAUGCUGGUGACGCUGCCCAUCUGGGCUGCACAGUAUGCCCAAAGUGAUGGAUGGACAUUUGGUACUCCCCUUUGCAAGAUCAUUGGAAGUGUUUUUACAAUUAACUUCUACAGUGGGAUCCUUCUCCUGGCCUGCAUCAGUCUGGACCGCUACCUGUCCAUCGUCCAUGCUACACAGAUGUACUCAAGGAAGAAGCCUUGGGUUGCUCAGGCCAGCUGCCUGAUGGUGUGGUUCUUUUCCCUGCUUCUCUCCAUCACUGACUGGAUCUUUUUAGAAGAAAUGUUCAAUGAUAGACAAGACAGGAGAGAGUGUAUUCACAACUAUCGUAAAUUUGAUGUGGACUCAGAAGAUUCUUGGAGGUUGGCAUCACGCAUGAUUUAUCUCAUAAUGAGCUUUGCACUUCCUUCAGCCAGCAUGAUAUUUUGCUAUGCCCGCAUCCUGGAUCAGCUCAGGUAUGGAGCCCAGAGCCUUCAAAAGCAGAGAGCUUUUAAAGUUAUUGUGGCUGUGGUGGUGGUUUUCUUUAUUUGCUGGACGCCAUACAACAUUACGAUUUUGGUGGAUACAAUAAAUUGCUCCAAUAAUAAUGUGACUUGUUCUGUCACAAAAUCUGUGGCGAAAGCUGAGACAGUGACCAAGUGUGUGUGUUUCAUUCACUGCUCCCUCAAUCCCAUCCUGUAUGCUUUUGUGGGUGUGAAGUUCCGCCGUCAGCUCAUGAGCAUCCUCAGGUCUCUGGGCUGCAAAGUGGCAAGUGCAAAAAUCCAGUCUUUUGUCAGCAACAGGAGAAGCUCCAUGUGGUCCGAGUCUGCCGACACCUCCCACUCCCUUGCUAUCUGAGAAAGACAAAAACAACAAAUCUGAUCAAGCU